AUGGAAAGUGAGAUAAUAAAAGCAAUGAAGGCGGAGCGCAGGCAGCCGGGCUGGCGGCGGGUCCGCAGCGGUGCGACGUCCGGGCUCCGCGACGGGCUGAGGGCCACGGCCGCCUCUCCGGGCCCGGCCGGCGGUGCCGCCGCCGGGGCAGUGCACGGCUCCGGCCCGUUUGGCCUCGCCUUCGACUCCGGACUCGAGAUCAAAACUCGCUCGGUGGAGCAGACGCUGCUCCCACUGGUUUCUCAGAUCACCACACUUAUUAAUCAUAAAGAUAAUACCAAAAAGUCUGAUAAAACUCUGCAAGCAAUUCAGCGUGUAGGACAAGCCGUCAACUUGGCAGUUGGAAGAUUUGUUAAAGUAGGGGAAGCUAUAGCCAAUGAAAACUGGGACUUGAAAGAAGAAAUAAAUAUUGCCUGUACUGAAGCUAAACCAGGAAAAACAAUUGCUGCACUUACAGAUAUGAGCAGCUUGAAUCGUCCAGAAUCUGAUGGCCAGAUCACAAUUUUUACAGAUAAAACAGGAGUUAUAAAGGUUGCAAGAUUACUUCUUUCUUCAGUGACAAAAGUGUUAUUGCUGGCAGACCGAGCAGUCAUGAAGCAGAUAAUAAGGUCAAGAAAUAAGGUUCUUGCAACUAUGGAAAGACUGGAGAAAGUGAACAGCUUUCAAGAGUUUGUCCAAAUAGUCAGUCAGUUUGGAAAUGAAAUGGUGGAGUUUGCACAUCUUACUGGAGAUAGACAAAAUGAUUUGAAAGAUGAAAAGAAAAAGGCAAAAAUGGCAGCAGCUAGGAAAGUUCUUGAAAAGUGUACAAUGAUGCUUCUCACAGCUUCAAAGACGUGUCUCAGGCAUCCCAACUGUAAAUCAGCCCAUAAAAACAAAGAAGGAGUAUUUGACAGAAUGAAAGUGGCGUUGGAUAAGGUAAUUGAAAUUGUGACGGAAUGCAAACCAAAUGGAGAGACUGACAUUUCAUCUAUCAGUAUUUUUACUGGAAUUAAGGAAUUCAAGAUGAAUAUUGAAACUCUUCGGGAGAAUCUUUAUUUUCAGUCAAAAGAGACUCUCUCUGCGAUGCUGGACGCCCUCUUGGAGCGCACAGAGGACUUUACUGAUUGUGCCUAUACCAGCCACGAGCACAGGGAACGCAUCUUGGGACUGUCAGCUCAGGCCAGGAUGGAACUGCAGCAGUUAAUUUCUGUGUGGAUUGAAGCUCAAAGCAAGAAAACAAAGAGCAUCGAUGAAGAACUGGAACUCGCUGUAUUGAAAAUCAGCCACAGCCUCAAUGAACUUAAGAAAGAACUUCAUAGUACAGCAGCUCAGCUGGCAGCAGAUCUGGUAAAAUACCACGCUGAUCAUGUGGUUCUCAAAGCAUUAAAACUUACUGGAGUAGAAGGAAAUUUAGAAGGUUUGGCUGAAUAUGCCUGCAAACUCUCUGAACAGAAAGAGCGGCUUGUUGAGACCUGUCGAUUGUUGAGACAUGUGUCUGGGACAGAACCUCUUGAAAUAACCUGUAUACAUGCAGAGGAGACAUUUCAGGUGACUGGCCAGCAGAUAAUUUCUGCUGCUGAAACUUUGACUUUGCAUCCAUCUAGUAAAAUUGCUAAAGAAAAUCUAGAUGUAUUCUGUGAAGCCUGGGAAUCCCAAAUUAGUGACAUGUUAACACUGCUGAGAGAAAUCAAUGAUGUUGAAGGAAGACGAGGAGAGAAGUAUGGCUACCUUUCACUUCCAAAGCCAAUGAAGAAUAACGCAAACCUGAAAUCAUUAAAGCCAGACAAGCCUGACUCUGAGGAGCAAGCCAAGAUAGCAAAGCGUGGACUCAAGCUGGGUUUGCUCACCUCUGAUGCCAACUGUGAGAUUGAGAAGUGGGAGGAUCAGGAGGAUGAGAUUGUUCGAUACGGACGGAACAUGUCCAGUAUGGCCUAUUCUCUGUAUUUAUUUACUAGGGGAGAGGGACCAAUAAAAACUUCCCAGGAUUUAAUUCAUCAACUAGAGGUUUUUGUUGAAGAUGGUUUGAAGCUUGCUUCAAGUGUGCAAGCUUUCUCAAAACACCUGAAAGAUGAUGAUAAGCUUAUGCUUCUCCUGGAAAUAAACAAGCUUGUUCCUCUAUGCCACCAGCUCCAGGCAGUAACUAAGACACCUUUGCAGAAUCAAGUGUUUCUAAAGGUUGAUAAGAGUAUUACAAAGACAAGAUGCAUAAUGGCUACUUUGGUCCAACUUCUCUCACUUUGCUAUAAACUGCUGAAGAAGCUUCAAAUGGAAAACAACAGAUGGGUCUCAGUUACAAAUAAAGAUUCUGUGGAUGGUAAAACUUGAGAAGCUUUUGAGGUCAGAUCUCUGGAACACCAUGUGGCAAAGCUGACAUUUUUAGAAAGCAAAUGAUCCUUUAUA